CAAUGGUCACCCAGGUGACCAGGCUGAUGGUCAGCCAGCCAGCCCUCAGGCCCUGGCCUUUGCCACCCGGCACCAGUGACCCAGGAUGGCUGCUGCCCAGAGAUGCAGCCUCUUCCCUCAGGAGCCCUACUACAUCCCUGGCUACGGGGGGUUUUACCCGCAGGUCCGCUACCAGGUUGGGAAGACCUAUGGCAGAACCACCAACCAGAUCCUGACCGACCCAGAGGUGGCCAAGAGCCCCUAUUCAGUGCUGACCCCCCUCCGCAGGCCCAAGUUCAUUGAGGACUUCAGCCGCCGCCAGCCCCCCACACCUGAACCCAUGGAUCAGUACCAAAGGUUCAUCCCUGGAUACACAGGUUUUGUGCCCUACCACGGCUGCAUUCCCAUUCCAGGCAAAGAAGACCGGCCCCUCAUUCCCAGAGCCCAGACUCAGAGAUGGACAGACCCCAGCGCAGCACAGCUCCUGGAGCAGAGGAAAUACACCCCUUGCCACCCAGGCAUCCGCCUGGCAUGCGGCCCCGGCUGGAGGCAGUUUGCAGCUACGGCCGGCUCCCGGCUGGUCUCGGGGCAAGGCGACCGGAAGGCCCUGUGCCACCCGGACGUGGCUUUGGUCUGUGGCCAGGAGCAGGACAGGGGCCCCUGCGAUGCUGGAAUGUCCCUCAUCUGCGGCCAGGGCUGGAGGGGCAACCCUUGCCUCCCUGGGACUGACCAGCCAACAAGGAUUGAAGGCGUCCCUUUGCCGCCAGUAACAGAGACAGUGGAUGUGAAACGGUUUGGCCGGACGCCCAAGAUGGACGUGCCCAACCUCAUCCAGAGGAAAGCCAUCUCAGGGUACACAGGAUUCAUCCCACGAUUCACCUGGAUCAUGGGUGUCAAUUACCUGGAUGGAGUAAAGGAAGCCAUGACCGAAUUUGACAGAAACCAGGAAAUGCUGAGAAGCCCCAUGUACUGCUUUGGCCAGCGGCUGCCACGUACCUACUGGCCCAACACCAAGAUCUACAGGAGCAGUGGCCUGAUGCCGUUCUAUACGGGGUUUGUGCCAACUAUCCGGCACAACUACGCUCUAACGUUUGGAAACAGCACCCGAAAGGCCUACUAUGAUGAACUACUACGGAGGCAAAAUGCAGGGUGAAAACGUUUUUAAUGCCUGUACAACACCAGACAGGUGACACUGAUGA